AUGUCUGCAGAAAAGAAACCACACACUUUACAGCCGCAAGAGAGGCAACAGUCAAUUGAUGAGCAAAAUGGAUAUUCUCAUGCAAAUAAUUAUCAUGUAAAUCACAAUAAAUAUCAGCAAAGACAGAACUACAACAAGCAAAAUUACCAUCGAAAUGUUAGGUAUAAUAAUAACGGAAAUAAUAACAACAAUAAUAACAAUGGUAAUGGUAAAUACAAUAAUUACAACCAAAACUCACAAUAUGGCAGGUACAAUAAUGGUUUAAUGAAUAGAGGCUAUAAUAAUGGUUAUAAGAAUCAUAGGGGUGGCAUGCAACCUAUUGUUCAUAUGCAAUGGCCAGGUUAUGCAAUGGCUCAACCAAUGUAUUAUAUGCCACAAGAAAUGAAUAUUCAACAUUCUCCUGCUGCUAUUGAUUUGCCUUCAACUACUUCUUCCACCACCUCUUCAUCAAAGUCAGGGAAUUAUAGCCCUGCUGGUAAAAGAAUUGAAAUCACAACAAAAAAUGGAGAGCAAUUGGAUUUAAAGGCAAUCCAUACUAAAUAUCUAGCAGACUCUAACCAAGAACAAUCAUCAAAGGAAAAUACUCCAGGUGAAGAGGAACCGAAAAGUGACGAACAACCUGAGUCAGAGGAAAAUUCUGAAGAAUCUCUAUCUGAAGCUGAAAAGACACGAAAACUGUUCUUGGAACAGAUUAAACUUCGUAAAGCUGCUCUUGAGAAAAAGAAAAAUGAAUCUGACCUACAAAGUGAUACUAAUGAAGAAAUUAGUACAAACGUAGAAGUUCCAGAGGAUGAAAACUCUAAUGAUACUAUUCCCCCAGUAGAACAUGAAACCCAAUACUUGAAAGAUAAUGAGAAAGAGGUUAAUGAUAAUGAAAAAGCAACCCAAGAAAAUCCUUUAGAUAAUGCAAACGAAGUUAAUAAGGAACUGGAUUCUACUGAUGUUGAAACAAAGGAUGAUAAAAGUAAUGAUUGUAGUACCGAUGUUCAUGAUAAUAACUCAAUGACUGUAAGUAACUUAUUAGAAAUAUUGCAAAGGGCUAAGCCAAUUGAAGAUAUUUAUUCAUUCGAGUAUCCAAAAGGGUUUGAAAAACCAGAUUCAAAGUAUUCAAGGUCUAAUAUUAAAUAUACCUAUGGUCCAACCUUUUUAUUACAAUUUAAAGAUAAAAUUAAGGUUAAGCCAGAUACUAAAUGGAUAGAUGAAGCACUAUCGAAAAUUGUAAUUCCACCUGGUAUGACUAGAAUUGAUAGAGUGAGAGAUGGAAAAUUUGGUAUGGGCAGUCGUCUAAGCAGUAAUCGUGAUUUCAGUAAGACAGGUUCUAUGAGAAACAUGGAUGGAAGAUCGAAUUCAAGAAAUAACUCAAAGAGGAAGUCUAAAAGAGGUGGUAUGGAAGACAGAAGGUCUACAAGGGCCUACACAUCCAGAAAAGAGAGGGAAAGAAUGGCAGAAGGUAGAUUAGAAGAAGAAAAAUUCACAGAGGGAAAGAAGGAAGAAGUAGCACCGCUAGUCCCAAGCGCAAAUAGAUGGGUUCCUAAAUCAAGAAUGAAGAAGACGGAAAAGAAACUAGCUCCAGAUGGUGUAACAGAAUUAAUUGAUGAAGAAGAAGCCAAAAGAAAGAUGAAAUCAUUGUUGAAUAAGUUAACUUUAGAAAAGUUCGAUACAAUUUCUAGUGAAGUAUUAGCCCUAGCGAAUCAAUCUAAGUGGGAGUCAAAUGGUGAAACAUUGAUAAUCGUUAUCGAAGAAUUAUUCCAUAAAGCAUGCGACGAACCUCAUUGGACAGUAAUGUAUGCCCAAUUGUGCGGUAAGAUAGUUAAGGAAUUAGAUCCAGAAAUCAAAGACGAAAAUAAUCCAACUAAGACUGGUCCAAAAUUGGUAUUACACUAUUUAGUUGCUAGAUGUCAUACAGAAUUUGAGAAGGGAUGGUCUGAUAAACUACCGACAAACCCAGAUGGUUCUCCAUUAGAAAUUGAAAUGAUGUCUGAAGAAUAUUACCAAGCGGCUGCCGCCAAGAGAAGAGGUUUGGGUUUAGUCCGUUUUAUUGGUUUCUUGUAUAGAUUGAACUUAUUGACAGGUAAGAUGAUGUUUGAAUGUUUCCGUAGGUUAAUGAAGGAUUUGAAUGAUAACCCAACAGAAGAGACAUUAGAAUCUGUUAUUGAACUGUUGAGUACUGUAGGUGAACAAUUUGAGACUGAUAGUUUCAGCGCAGGCCAAGCAACGUUAGAAGGCUCUGCGUUAUUAGACAGUUUAUUUGGUAUUAUCCAAAAAAUUAUCGAUAGCGGUAAGAUAUCUAGUAGAAUUAAAUUUAAACUGAUUGAUUUGAAGGAAUUGAGGGAAGACAAGAAUUGGACUGGCGUCAAGAAAGAUGAAGGACCAAAGACUAUCUCUCAAAUUCAUGAGGAAGACGAAAGACAACGUAAAUUAAAAGAAUUGAAAAACAGUUCUAGAGGAGGAUCAAGAAGAAUGAAUAGUAACUUCCAUAGUAAUAAUAAUAGUCAUAAUAAUAGCGGAGUAGGUGGUGGCAGGAUGUUAUCCAGAAGAGAACAACCUGCGGUCUCCAAGGAUAAUUUUAUCACCACUCGAUCCACAUCAUCUAGAAUGAACCAAAAGGUUUCUUAUAAAGAAGAAACUGUCCCAGAACCACAGCCUACUGUGGUAUCAAACAUGUUUAAUGCAUUAAUGAACCACGAUGAUGAUGACGAUUAA